AUGCACAUGUCAGAACCGAUGAGGAACCGCGACGGGUUCCUGAAGGCUGAUGUGCUCGCCGAACGGACCCUGGACAGCCUGCUGGCCGAACACCCCGGCGAACUGGUCCGGACCGGUUGCCCGCACGUGGUGUGCACCGUGCUGCCCACCCACUGGCGGUCCAACAAGACGCUGCCGGUAGCGUUCAAGGUGGUCGCGCUGGGUGAGGUGCCGGACGGCACGCCGGUCACCAUACGCGCCGGCAACGACGAGAACUUUUGCGCCGAGCUCCGAAACUGCACAGCCCUGAUGAAGAACCAGGUGGCCAAGUUCAACGACUUGCGGUUCGUCGGACGUUCCGGCCGCGGUGAGUUUCGUUCUAUUGUUCCGGUAAUCUGGUUUAACGAUAUUAUCGUCGAUCGUAUUUAAUGCCGUCCAUACGAAUCCGACAAAAACAUCCGAUAAUUCGUUCGAAUACUUUUUAAAUUUAUAUUAAAAAAAAAAUAAUAAUAAUAAUAACGAUAAUAGUAAUAAAUAAACAUUUCUAAAACUUGCGGUUUGAGGUUAGAUUAUUCGGUUAAGAGUCGGUAUCGCGGUAAAGUCUCUCGUUCAAAUUUGACGUGCAUCCGUGCGGUCGUUGUAUUAUAUUACGCACCGCGACUCGCGGUUUUAGCAUAUUUAACUAGCUGGUUUAAGUGAAAGCACCUGUAGAAUAUUAUUUCAAACGUAAUAAUAUUAUUGCGUAUAAAACGAUAAUUGAACACUAACCGCAGUGGCGAGCUCGGAAAUUUUCAAUUGAAGGGAAUGCAGUAAUAUUAACAGUCACGUUACAUUAUAAUAGGCCGUCGAGUUUUCUUGCCACGCUCAAUACCGAAGAGUCCGACCAAUUUUCAGUCGAUAAAUCAUUAACUUGUCCUCGUAACUCGGCCGAAAUAUGAAGAUUAAAUGACUAAACCGAUACGAGGAUAUAACUCCCCUCUUGCCUGAGCACGCCGUUGGUUAAUCGAAAGUGAUUAUUCAUUGUGUUUUUAAUGUUUUGUCGCUACUCGACGGGUGUGUAGGGGCGGCGUUAUGUUUAGGCCAUUCUAGUGCACGCGUGCAUCCGUGUGCUACGCAAUCGGUCAUCUUAAUAUUACGGAGCCGUACAUUUUCUAAUGAUUUUUUUCCCUCGUAAAAACAGGCGCGUUCCGGCGAAACAGUGUGCUGCGUUGUUUACUAUUAGGUCACAAUAUCGCCAACCCGGGUAACCGAAGAUAACAAAACGUAAUUUUUAAGAGGGUUUUGGCGCCAAUUUUCGUUUUCUCUUUCCGGCCCACGCGUGAAUUUGCGUUCGGCGGAACCAUACUCGUACUUAUGGCACUCGAGUAAUAGAGCGAAUCGACCCGUAAUCAAACUUAAAGUUGAAAACAUCAUCCGAGUUUAUGCGUUGGUUCUUACGGUAUUUCAAUUUUUAAAUUGUACCUGCAUAAUUUGCGCGGAUAUUGAAAUAUCGUGGAAAAGCCCACGUCCGAACUCGGAUAAUGUCCUUGGUUUUGGGUUUGAUAUAAAAUCGACUGGCCGCAAUACCGAAGCAAAUGACACGGGCGAGAUAAGAUCGUUCGAAAAUGCACCGCCGAGAAACGCGACUGUUGACGCAAAACGAUCGGGUCGGAUUCGCGCCCGGACGGCGUAAUUAUUCGCUUACGAUUCCGCGACGCAGUAGCGGCUCGAAGUAGUUUUACCUUGAAUAACCGAUUUGAUUUCUACCCACCAACCCACCCAUCCAACUGAACCCAAAAUACCUCCAGCCCACCAAAAAUGUAUUGAAAUUUAACAAAUUCCAAUCGAAUUUGUGAAAUGUAUAAAAUGUCCGCGGUCUAUAAUUCUUUUGAUGCGUUUUAUUUUCUAAAAACUUGAAAUUUUCUUUUACACGUUUCUGAACACCCACGCACCCACAGCCAACCCACUCGUUUUGUCCUGAGUCGCGUGAUUGAUGAAAUGUACCACAUUGGAGGCGCCACUGCCGCGACGUAAUAAAUAUCACGGGUUACGGAUAAUAUGUCGCGCAUUAACGCGGUGCCGCGCGAAAUAAUAAUAUCGCAAAAUCAAACGGCAAUAAAUACUGCGACGUCGCGGGACGACUUAAACGUUUCGGAGUUUUAUUAAUAACGGACGGCGAGGACAUACGCGCUGCACGCGGGUAUCACGCGAGAGGAAACGCGGCGGAACGGAGGCGCGCGCGUUUUCUCUCCCCCAAGUCUCCGCGGGAUUUCUUCUUUUCCCUCCCCCCCCCCUCCCUCGCCGGUCGCCCAAAGAAACCGUAUUCCCUUUACAAGGCAAUGAUGACAAAUUGGCCUGCCGACGCGGAGUAAAUUGUAACGGCGGCGGCGACUGUACACACCCCACCCGUGCGCGUGCAGUCUCUCGCUCCCUUCUGUUUUCGGGGCAUUCGACAUUAUCCCUUUUUUUUUUUUCUUUUUUUUUAACCUAACCUACCUAUAUACACAUUUAAACGUAUAUUUUAAAAAGCUGCGACGAACAUCCCUCGCGAAAUCCUCGCGCGUUUACCGGAGGGAAAAUAAAAAAAGAGCUCAACGGCGACUGCAGUAUAUAAUAUAAUAUACAUGUAUAAUAACGCGCAGUGCGACGACGACGGUUAGUGUCAAAAACACGCGUUUUAAAUCCGCACCCCCGGUUUAUUGUCCGAAAAUGGGUUUAUAUUGCUUGUACAAUGACCCCUAUCCUCCCCGUCCCCCUUUCACAGAUCGGAUUCGCGGCAAUAAGACGUCGUUGCGGUAUACUGAAACAGUAAUAAUACGGGAUCCGAUAAAAAAAUAAUAAUAAAAAAACCGAUGGUAUUACCGUCCGCCGAAACGACCGUAUACGUGCACUGUGGCCUAAAAUCAAACCACGAAUUCGGAAAACCUAACCUAACCUAAUCUAACUGUAUCGGGUUUUUCCCGCCGCGUCCCGUCCACGCCAAAUUAAAUGCCCGCCGUAAUCACUCCUUCACUCGCCCCCUCUAACGGAAUGGCGCGUCUGCUUUCUCGUCUAUGAUUUUGGUACAGCAAUUAUUCACAAAUGUUAGUAGUUAGGAUUUUAAUACAUUUUUUUCCUCGAAUGUCCGCUACUAUGUCUCACAGGUGGCAACCUAACCUAACCUAACACAGUUUUUAUUUUCAAACAAGUCGAUCACUAAAGAGUAAAGAUUGAGUUCUAGAAAAAAAUCAUAACCUCUAUCUAAGAUAUAGCUCUAUAGGAUACACUUUUGACCGGGAAUAGGUUCAGGGUUAUAACUGUCCAUUGAAUUUAUUGAAAACCAUUUUGACGUGAUUGAUUAACACAGACAUAUACAUUUGUCAUUAGAUAAUAAAAAACGUCAAUGUUUGGUAGGUGUGUGUGUGUGAAUCACAGCGGAGUAUAUCACACUCAAAAGUCUGGAAAUAUACAUACAGAAACAAGAUUUUAGAUAUUAUAAUACGAACAUUGAAAACGAAGAAACACAUUAAAUUGAAUUUCCUUUUAUUGAUGUCGGUUUUUGCAGGGAUUGUUUUUAAAAAUUAGGGAAUUGAAUUGUCAAGGGCAACGACGAAUGGAUCGGUAACUGUAUUAUACAAAUUUAAAUUUCAUCAAUACUAAAUAGAUUUAAUGUAUGUAGAAUCGUUCGAAAAACUAUCCAGAAAUUCGUGACGUGGAUAGUAAAUGCAUGUGUAUUAAGUACACGCGAGUGCACGGUUUUCAUUAGCGCGUAUACGGACUACGUUUUCGCGUAUUUAUUAAUUGGCCUUUUCAAUCGGGUUUUCUAUAGAAACGAGACGUUUAUUGAAACUGAGGCGUUAUAAUAACGAACGUGUCGGUAAUAAUGUGUUUAAGCGUAUAUUAUUAUACAAUGUACCGGCAUUAAUCGCCGCUAUUGCUUUUAAAACUUAACCCUUUGCGUUUUAAUCAACUUCGGAGUGUCAGUAUAGACGACUACAAUGUAACGAGACCGAAGUCGUGGUCGCUGCGGCGGUGGCGGUCGCGGUAGCUGCGGUGUUAUGCCCGCCCAAUUGAUCCUCGUCGGUUAAUUUUCCGCGUCUGCAAAAGUUAAAAUUGCGGUUUAUAUUGUUCGCGCCCCGAAACUUAUAUUACUUUACGUUUUACGCCGAAAACUUAAUAAUAUUAUUAUUCGAAAACGGUGUUUUCGGUACGCGUCUCGGCUCGUUUAUUUGUCGCGGUUCACUCGUAAAUUAAUACGCCGCAAGUACGUGAUGCCGUGAACAUUACGGUUUCGACAGAAUACAACGAAUUUGUUUCGUGUUUCCGUCGUUUCUCUAAUAAGACGCGUAGUUAAAAAUUUCGUACUUUCGCGCGAGUUCCCGGGAAAUGUCGACGUUUUAUCAAAAUUCGGUUAUUGAGUAUAUUGUUUCAAUCCAAAAACGAUUUAUUCUGCUCUGAUGGUUUAUAAUUUACUAAUACUAGUAUCAUCGAAUUCAGCACAAAAUUUUACAUCUGAAAUAACUUCCGCUUUACAAAAUAUACGCGGGUAUAUAAAUCCCACGUUUCGCCUCGAUAAAGUCUAAUUUAUAUAGAGUUCACUAUGAACUAUACAAAUAAUAAUAAUAAUAAUUUUAGAGGAACGGUGUUGGCCAGAGUAAUAUAUUCUAGCGCCGCUUAAAAAAAAAAAAAACGAUAACCUAUAAUAAACUUCACGUGAAAUGUUCAAGAAUUUCUGAUCGGUCAAAAUAAUUGUAUCCACACAAAACCAAAUAAAAACUAAAAAAAACUAGCAAAUGUCAAAGGUAUCGACAAUUGUACCACGUCUUGAUAAGGUCAAUAUAAAAAGACUAUGACUAACCUAACUUAAGGGGUGUAAAGUUGACAUUAUUUGUGAUCGAAUUAUAAAAUAAAAACACAAUCAAAAAAAUGAAACUGUUAUUUCUUUUAACUUUUCCAUGUUACAGCGUUUUUCAUUUUUUUCAAUUAUUAAGAAAAAUACAAGGAUAAUUUUAAAAAAAAAAUAAAUAAUUUUUAUAUACCAACAAGACAACAUUUUUUUUUUUUCAAAAACACUGCUGUUUUUAGAAAAACGUUUUUGGUAGCAAAGUUGCUCAAAAAUAUAAAAAAAAAAAAAAUAAUAAACUUCAGACAUCACGGUAAAAUAAAUACAUUCUCAUAAAAAAUUCUUAAAUCAGUAAACAGUACAACUAAAAUAUAACCAAAUUAUUAUUAUUUUUGAAUACCAGAUAGGUGUUCAUUGAUGAUAUUAAUAAAAAUGUCUUUUUAAAUUUUAAUAAAAGAUACAUUCCCUCACCCAAUAAAUUCACAUUUAAAAUAUUUUUUAAAGGAUUAUUGAUGCAAUUAGGCACCUCCCUUGUUAAAAACUACAAUUCUCUUAUGACGAAUUUAAAAUGUUUAUACUGCUUUAUAAAAUAUAUAAAAAAAUAUUAUAAAUCUGAAAGUUUGUGAGGGUGUAUAGAUGUUUGUUACUACUUCACACAAAAAACUACUGAACGGAUUUUGAUGAAUUUUGGUUUAGAGAUAUAUAUGACCUCGGAGAAAAAUAUAAGUUACUUUUUAUCGCGAAAAUAAAAUUUGAAGGAGAUGAAAUAGGGGAUUAAUGGGUUUUGUUGAAUUAUGGAUUACUAUAAUAGUAACGUGAAUGAGAUGAAAAAAAAAUGUAAAAUAAAAAAUUAACAAACAUAAAAAUGUCAGAACUAUAACAACUUAAAAUAAAGAUUCUAUUUAAUUGUUUGCGGGUAUAUUAUUGGCUUGAAUUAGGAUAGGCUACCUUGGUAACAUUAAUGAAAAAAAAUUGGGUGGGUAAGUGAAAAGUGGAGACACGUAAAACGUGAUAAAUCUUUAUAUUUUUUGGUACAGUAAAAACACUACAGUACCAUUAUGUCCUCAUAAUUUUAGUGUUGUUUUAGCAGAUGUUAUUUAAUUUAAUCUUAGUGUUGUUUAAGUAUCUAUAGUAACGCAAAUGAACAAAUAUAUGAUACACUAGAACACUUUUAGUCUAGGACUACAUACUCCUACCUUUUUUCAGUUCAAUAUAUUGAUAUGGACAAAGCCAUACGGAAAUAAAGGUAAAAAUAACAAAAAAUUAGCAUUAGCAAUGCCGAAAAAAUUAUUUAAUUAGUCCAUUAGAUUAAUCCUAUUUAGAUUCUGAGUGGAACGAGGAAUGUGUUGGUUGAUGUUUAUUCUUUUUUUUGUGUGAAUAGUUUUUCUACCAGAAAGCAUCCGAUUAUCAAGUAUAGCAGCUUCUCUUAAAAGAAAUUUUCUCUUGGCGGUACUUUAGAAAGGUAAUUUUUUGAAAUUCUCAUUAAAAUUCGAGAUAAUGAGGAAAACCUCGGUCUUUAGGUUAAAAAAAAUUGGAAGAUUAAUAAUAAGGUUGCCAUUUUUAUUUAUUUUUUGUUAUCAUUAAGUUUUAAUUAUUUUAAUAUUUUUUUAAACAAUCGUUGUUGUCAUAAAAACGCACAUUGUUUUAAUCAUUUUACCAUAUUAUGGCAUAAUACUAAAUAUUGUAUUAUUGACAAAGCAACAUUAUGCAACUGAACUCGACUCAGAAUCGUUUUUUCGUUAGCUAUGGUUUAUCAUUGCUUACAGAUAUACAUUAUGGAUAGGCCCACGUGCGGGGUAUGUCCGUCCUAUUUUUUUUCCUCUGCCUAAUACUCAAUAGGAAAAACCAUAAUUUUGAAAAAAUGGAAACAUUUACCGAAUAACGAUUUCUUUUAAAAGUAUAUUUUAUUUUUUUUUUAUAAUUCGGUGAAAAAGAAUUCCUAGUUAUAUAAAAUUUCCUCUUAAUACUUAUAAAAAUAAGUACUCUUAAAACUUGGUAAAAAAAAUCAAAAAUAUUUUUAAAGUUGUUUAAAUGAUUUUAGUUAUUUUAUUUUAAGCUGUUUUAGCUGUUUGAAAAUACUGAAUAUUUUUAGUUUUGUGUGGAUUGAUACAAUUUUUGAAUUCUCCAGAGUGAUCAGAAAUUUGUUACAAAAUUCGUCAUAGAUUGUACUUGGUGUUAUAAAAAUAGUGAACAUAAAUCCUUAAUGUUUUAUAAUCAUUUAAAGUUUAAAUGUUUGAUGAAAUUUAUUUUAUUCAAUUGCACCUAAUUUAUUUUUCAGUUGCAAAUUAAUAAAAUGUCCAAUUUGAAUAUUUAACGUUUUUAUUUAAUCAUUGUAUAGUGUUAUAGUAUCAACGGUGUGAUUUUCGGGGGUUUCAACUAUUUUCAACUCAAGCCCUUAUCAUUGGUAUACUUAAAUUUCAUUUUUUUUUUUUUUUUGAGAAGUAAUAUAACUAUAUUGUUGUACUUUUACAGUAUUUAGUGAUUUUUUUUUUUUUGUUUUACAAAUAAUAUUUCUAUAAUACAAAAUACGCGGGGUGAAUAUUGACUCUAGUGACGAAGCUCUGUUGCGCACGAUCGUCUUUAUAAUUCUUCAAGUGUUAUACGCAAAUUAAUAGACGCUUAAUUUUCGAGUCCUUUUCACUAUUGCAUAACGUUUAAUUUUAUUUGAUUUUAAUUUAAGUUUUACGAUUCGUUUUAAAUAUUGUUCUAUGCACCGAAAAAUGAAAUAUAACUCAGAUCAAUAUACCGCGGUUAUUCAUUCAUAUACCAAUACACAGUAUGUCCCAUGUACCCAUUGUAAUACUUUCGGAGACAAUAAAGAUAAUCAAAUACUGUUUUUUCACACAUAAAUUACAGAGAUAAGGACUAAAAAUAUUUCAACUUUAAUUGUUUUUUAAUAUUUUGAUACAAAAUAUGAAAAAACGACAAUAAAAAGAUAAUAUCCAUUUUAAAGAGUUUAUUUUUUGAACAUUUUGAUUUUUCAACUUUUUAUUUUCACUAAAUUCGUUAUUUUUAAUAUUUUUUUAGUUUAAAAAGUAUGUAUCUAUAUAAUUUUACAGCAGUUGACUAUAAUAACAUUCACUAAUUAAUUAUUAUUAUUAUUAAAGAAAAUGUAUUACACAAUAUUUUUCGAAAAAUAAACUGUAUAAAAUUGCUAUAUUUAAAUUUUUCAAAAAAAUAAAUCAAAAAGUUAAAUUUUUUAAGUUUUUUUAUCAAAAUAUAAAAAAAUCAUUGAAUUAUAAAUAUUUUUAGUCUUUUUCCCUGUUUUAAUACUUAAAAAAAAAAAAACAGACUUUGAUUAUUUUUAUUAUUUACAGAAAUAUUAAAAUAUUACAGUGAGAAUAUUUUCGUGGGACAUGCUGUAUAUAUAUAUAUAUAAUUAUUUUUCUUUAAUCUCCAACAAUCAAAACUUUAAAGUUUAACGGGCGAUCAUAAAAAAACAAAAAGUACAUAAAUGAGCAAAAAUUUGUUUUUUAUAUUGUACAGGUUAAUUUUGGAAUCUGUAUUUCAUUAUGUUGAUUAAUUUUUAUAUUAAAUCUUCCGAAUGUAGGGUCCGUGCCGAAUAUGUAUAUCAAUUGUAGUAACUAUUAAGUCGUGCAGUGUAAUAAAAUAUUACUCAAAUUUGUAAAAACACCGUGAGUAUAAAAUAUUAUUAUAAUUUAGUGAUCAUACAAUAUUAUUUUUGCCGUUAAUGUUCGUUAGAAAAACAAUAAUUUUUUAAUUUUUUUUGUCCUAUAGGCAAAAGUUUUACGUUGACGAUAAUGUUGAAUUCGUGUCCGCCGCAAGUGGCCACCUACGCAAAAGCUAUAAAAGUCACGGUGGACGGUCCCAGGGAACCCAGGUCGAAAACCAGUGAGUAAAUUCACGCGCGCAAAAAUGACUGAUAAAUUAUUAUCAAAUUAAAUCGGGUAUUAGGCCUAUUAUUUAAUUCGUUUGCAGGAAACCAAGGAUUCCACCCGUUCCAUUUCGGACCCAGACCAUUCCCAUUCGGCACACCGCUGGAUCCCAACAGAAUCGCAGACCUUCCGUUGAAACUAUCAGGUAACUAACAUUAUACUCGUUUAAGUUCAUAAUACACCUAAAUAGAAAAUCAAAAACUGAUACUUUUGAUAGAUAUUCCACAGUCAUAAUAGGUAGUACCUUGGGAAGUUAGGAUUCAUAGACCUAUUUGAUUUAUAUCUGUAAUGAUACAAAUAUACAAUAUAAAUGAAAUAUGAUUCUGAGCGAUAUUCGGUUAAACAUUUUUUGAAAUGCUGUGAUUUUUACUAUUUUCAUCAAGAUUUGAACUCAUAUAAAUUGAAACAUUAUAACCUUAAUUAUUUUCAUCAUAAAGUAAAACGUAUGAUGAACCUCAUGUAAAAAUUGUAAGCAUUUCUGUUUGGCUAAAAUUAUUUAAUACAUGCAAAAAAAAAAUCUCCACUAAAAAUCUAGAAUAUUUGAAAUGUCUAUUAUUAACUCGAAAAUCGCCAGAAUCGUUUGAAAAUUUUACCAUGUUAAAAAGUUCAUGUAAUUAUUUUUAGUCAUCUCUUCUAUUUUUAUUUUUAUUGACUACAUUAAGACAAAAAACAAAUUAGAAAAUAAUGAAAUCAUUACUACAGUACGUUUUCUCCAACUAUUUAAAAAACUAUAGGGAAACAAAAAAGUACACAUUUUAGAAAAACAUUGUGUAUUCACUGCGCUAAGAAUCUAAUAAUUUAUAAUAAUGAAAAGCAGUGACGUAUCGAUAGGGCGGCGUAUAACGGGCAGUAAGCCACGGGCCGUGACUCUGAGGCAGUGAAAUGUAGCUAACCAUAAUUUUAAGUCUUUUAAAUUUUACACGAUUAGAAUCAACUUGUUUUACAUUAUCAACAGAUUUAUAACUAAUAAAUACAAUUUUGGUAAACAAACACAAUGAAUAAAUUUUGAAAAAUAUUUACAAGUGAAAUUUGAGCUGCAAAAUUAACUCUUAAAACAUAAAUAAGUAUUCUCAUUUCAAUACAUCUCGCUCAGUUUUUAAUAGUAAAUCUCACUCUUUAACAAUAAAUCUCUCAGAAGGAUGUACUGUUUUUUUAUUAUUUUUGACAAUUACUGUUAUAUCUACUAUCGUAGAACGGUCUUUUUCUAACUUAACCAAUAUUAAAGAAUACUUAAGAAUAACUAUGAUGCAUAAAUGUUUAAGCGACCCCCAUUGUUUUCAUUCGAACAAGAAACAGAAUGUGAGGUUAACUUCGGAGAUAUAUUUGAUAAAUUUGCUGAAGCAAAAGCAAAAAGAAAAAAGGUUGAUAAAACUAGCCAGAGAUUACUUUAAAUAUAAAUUAAAUGUUUAACAUACCUUCUUAACAAAACAAAAAAAAAAUGUUUAGUAAAAAAUGAUAGUAUACAAGGGGUAGAUCAAGAGAUAAAUUUUGUGAUUUGUGCAUGUCCCUCAUACUCCUUUCCCCCGAAUUUAUAAAACUAAGGACCGGCUGGACUAUGUCGGAUUAGAAGCAUUAGCAGUUCUAGUUACGCCAUUGAUGAAAAGUUAUUUGUUUCGGAAAAAUGGAGUCUUUCUGUUGGCGCACAUAAAAUGUAAAUUUUUCGGAGUCGCUUCAUAUUUUUAAUAUACUUUAACUAACUGUAUUGACCAGGUUCGUCUGUGAACAGUUUUUAACAAAACUGUUAUACCUACUAUGUUUAAUUUAACUAACUGCAUUAACACAUUUCCCGUUCAUUUACAAACUAGUGUCAAGAAUAGUAAUUUUGCUAUAAUCGAUGAGGAUAAGCAAUUAUCAAUCGCUUAUAUUUCUCGCGUACAACAAAAAUUACUAGUAUUCAAAGAUAAAAACGGUUUACGGUAAAACUACUGAAGCGUCUGAUAAUAUCGGAGCUUCUCAAAUGUUAAACAGAAUUUUGAAUUUUCUUUAGCGCUACAAUCGCAAAUAAUGAGAUAUUCGAGGAAGUAUUUGGAAUCACUUUGUAAAAAAAAAAAUCGUUAAAAAAUUUCAAUUGUUCUUUUAGAAAUUCGAUACAUCUAAAUAUAUUGGCGCUUUUUCUCUCACCCUCUGACAAAAAGUUCAAAAACCAGCGAAAUGGACACAUUCAGGGAAGUGAUUAUAGUUGGAAUAUUGGAAUAACUUUGUGGGAAAAAAAUCGUAAGAAUGUUCAAUAAUUGUGUUGACAAAAACGUAAAACAUAAAAAUAUCCUAUUUUUUUUUUUAUGGAGAAUAUAAAAUUAAAAUUAGCCACUGAAAAUAAAUGUAUAAUAAUAAUUUCUGUUUUAUUGAAAAUUUAAAUACUUUUGAAAUCCCAAUGACUGCUUCACUGCUGCAACAUAAAAUAAUAUUCAACGCGGGAUUUCGAACAAUACUCUAAUAAAAUUAAAAACAACUUGCCUCUAAUAAAACAUUCAGCACCGUUAAUAAAUCUAUUUAUCAAAAGAACGUUUAAUAAACACAAAGUUUGGUUACAGUUUAUGUGAAAAUAUUUUAGUGUUAUUACUCCUUAUGUUUCAAGUAUUGCUGUGUAGAGAAAACUUUAUCAAUAUUGCAGUGUUUAUUUUUAUCAGCUUAUAAAUAUUGGAGCGGUAAUAUUUUCCACGUAUAAUGGAGUCAUUUGCUUAAAUAGAAAGUGAAUUUAUUAUGGUAGUAAAAAGAGCGAGUUUCCCAAAAUUAUCAUAGUAGUUUAAAAUAAGGCUUUCGAAAUACAGUGUAAUGAAUCAUUUUACAAUUUACAUCGUAAAAUAUAAAUAAUUAGGUUUAAAUGGUUUAUUGCAAUAAAAAACAAAAACAGUUGUAAAAUUAAGAAUAUAAUAUUAUGUCUGUAGCUGGUAAUAUUUUAUAGUUUUCGCCAUAACAUGUUUGGCACAUAACUACAUCGUUGGUUGCAAAAAAAAUGUUAGCGACUCGUAUCUAUUUUAAGCAUGUUGUAAUAAUUUAUUUCGUUAAUUAAGACUCGGAGCGAACCAAUAGCACUAAUCUAUAUUAUUUCGACACGUUAUGUUAUCGAAAUACAUAGCGCAGGUAUAUUAUUUAUUUUGAAGUCAGCUGAUACCUCUGUACAACAAACUGGAGGAUUGUGGAAAUGGUUUCUACACUAGGAAAUGCAAUCGAAUGGGGUACGUGAAUCUGGCACUACCAAAUAUAUACCGAAUAAUGGAAAUUAAAAAAUUUGUCUAAAAAAAUCCUGAACGUACUUGUUAGACGAAUGUUUUAAUAUUGUUGGAGUUUAUGCAGUGCUAGGUAACAUACCCGGCGGCCAGCACUAUAUAUGAAAAAAAAGUCAACAGUGUUAUGUAUAAUAUAAACCAUAAUCGAUAUUAAUUUUAGACGAAUAUUGGAAUUUGAUCGAAAUAUUUAAAAAUAACGUAUAGUACAAAAUAAAUUUCUACUAGUAUGGUACACUCUGCACUUUAUAAUAUAAUACAAAAAAUGAACGCGAUGACAAAACCAAUCGGUUUUUACUUCUAAUGAGAUUAAAUGCACGUCUAACGAUAUUCAUUUUAUAGUUAUUGUUGGCCAUUGUAGACUCUCAGCUCUAGCCGAAUUGGGAUUGAGUCAGAAGAUUUAACUCGUGGUCUAUUUCAGUUUCGGGCGAAGAAAAAAAGGUUGCAGUAGUUUUUAUCGGUUUAUUUAUAAAUCCGUUGUUAUAUGUUACGAAGUCAAUUGCUAAUGUAUCUGGCGUAUCAAAUUGUAUAUUUAUUUUUCAAUUCGUUGCUAUAGUUACAUUGCAUUUUAUGUACAAGCAUGAAUAUCAAUUUUUAUUAAAAUUUGAUGAUCGUAUACGCAUAUAAUCGACUCGACAAAGAAAUUUGGUAAUAAAUAGAUAUUAUAAUAUGGUAAAUUGACGAAUUUGUUAAAUGUGUAACGAUAGUAAUUUGUCUGUUUCGUUAUUAUCAAGUAUGUAAUCGGCCUAUUGUUAAGCCCGCCGUCGUCGAAAAACCUAAUGCGUUUCGGUUUCCAGUGGGAGGGGGAGUAGAUUUUCUAGAAACGAGUAGGCGAAAUCUAACGGGAAAAUAGACAGCUGUAACAUAGGGUCCGGGGGCUCCGCCAGAUACCGCUGCGAGUAACACAAUAAUCGCGAGACACACAUGAUAGUAGUAAUGUGUGUUGGUCGCGUGAACGUAUAGAUUAUAAUUUUACCUUAAAAUUAUCUCGUAAAACGAUUUGUCCAGGCGAAAUGCGCUAAACGUGGGGCGGACGAUAAAAACGAACUACGUAAUAAAUUUGCUGCGUACUGGAAAUUCGCUUGCGUAAUAUUAUACUGAAAAUGAAGGGAGCGGAAUCUCGUCGGAUAAAAAAAAUCUAAAAAAAAAAAAUCGUAACUAAAAACAAAACAGAAAACGUUUUAUUUUUUCCAUUGGGCUCUUCGUUGCGGCACACGUGCGUCGACACGGUCUCGAACUUUGUCGCAAACGAGUUCGCUCGAUGGGUUUCGCUAACGCGUGUAUACGCAAUACGUUAUAAAUAUUAUGAACGGAUUUCGGUGUACACGCGGGGUCUUUUUCUUAUUUACUUUUUACCGUGUUCUAUAUUAUGCGUUCUGUAUAUAAAAUAUUAUACGAAGAUGUUGACGGGGUGAAAGAAAAAAAAAAUAAUAAGAAUAUUACACGUUAGCGCGUACCGUUUCGCGAAAUAAACGGCCGAACCCCCAACGAAUCUCGUCGGCUGCACACGACUACGGCAAGUGCAAAUAUUGUCACGCGCUCCCGUCGAAAAGAGAACCGAAAACCGUCGUCAUUCUGUCGUAUACGUACACUCGUACACGCAAACAUAUAUAUACAUACAUAUCCGUAAAAUAAUAUACGCAUACGCGGUAGACGUACGUAUAUAAUAUAAUAUGUAAGUCGUAAGUACCUGCGUAUUAUACCGAGGGGGAGAGAGUCUGAACCGAGCACUGCGACCCCUGCUGCAGCCGGCAACCGUUUAGUCGGGCUACAAAUCUAAUUUCCAUCUCUCGCGCGAAGACAAAAUAAUAAUAAUAUACGUGUAUCUGUACGCGGGAUACGUGUCGGCGCGCGUACACGAGCAGGUGAAACACACCGCGCGCGCGCCGAGCGUAAACGCGGUGUAAGUCGAUACUCUCGCGUGCGGCGCACGUGGGUUUUGUUGCCGGGCGGGCGUGCAAAAACCGUUUCGGAAUCGCGCUCGGAUAAUAAUAAUUUAAUACGAUUCACCUACGCCGCCGGUGCCGGCGACGCGAAAUACGAUCGAAUCAGAGUGCGACGAGUGCCGUUCGGAUGACGAGUGAAGAUCGCGCGUCCCUACGUGUCGUGCCACUCGCAGCAUAGCCUUUCCCCUUUGAUAAUUGCGUUGCAUUGUACGCGAUCUCUUUCGAUAAUGAAAUCCCGCUGUAAUAUAAAACAUUCCGGAAAACAAGAAACGCGUUUAAACGCGUGAUGCGCGUACGUGCGUUUAUGACGUACGUUCGCGAAUGCCGUGAUUGCGUAGGUCGGUUUCGAUUUUUAUUUGCACGCUCGUGUUGCCGUUAUCGCUAUCAAAUAUAUUGGCGAACACUUCGUCACGGUAAUGUUUGUUAUUUUUGCUGUUGUCGCCGGUCGUGGGUCGCGGGUAGAUUGUUACGCCAUUAUCAGCGCCGGAAAAAUACGUACAUUCCGUUUUGACUGAACUCGAGUUCAAAAGUCGAUUUCGGCUUUCGGUUGAAUUGGCUUUAAAUUCAAAUUCAACUUUACUCGCCCGAGUUGCAAAAAAUCAUUAAAUCGCCCGGCCCCGCUUAUUUCGGCGCGAGUUUUACAUAGUUUACACGCGCACAGUAAAAUAUCGACAGUACAGCGGACUGACCCGCGCCUGAGAUGCGCUUCUUUGGAUGACCGGACGAGGCGAGUCUACGCGCCACCGGUAGUCCGCGGGAGCCACUGCGUUAUCCGCGCGUUGUCCACAAUCGUCUUGGUAGACGGCGGGCGAACCGAUUCGCGUGCAUUGCGCGGUCGACCGCUCUGUCGGCGUAAACUGUAAUCGAAGCUGUCAUACCGUUCCGUACUGUUCGAGUUGGCACAUCAGCACGUCCGGCGAAAACGCGGCGUUCAACGCGUUCCUAUAACAUCGCGGCCCCGCAUCUAGAGGUCAGGGCGGGUUGUGAAACGUACCGGGAAUGCGUUUGAACUACUCGGACACCGUAAGUCGCCGUCGCGGCCGUUUAAUUAAAAGUCGCGCGUGGCGACCCGCGGCUGAAAUGUCGGCCGCCCGUGUCGGCUGACGCGGGAAACGGGCGGAAAAGGCCCGGCCGGAAUGUCCGGUACCUAUGCCGUCCUGCCUAACGCGCACGCGAAAGGGUAAAGUUAUUUUAAAGAGCCGAAACGUAGCCCCGGCGCGUCUCAUUAGUCGCUGUCCGGCGAGCACGCGGCGCAGCGGCUCGCGUUACGGCCGUCCGUCAACCCGUCACUGUUCGCCGCCCCUCGUCCGCCUCCGUGUUUAAUAUAACAAUGUGUAAUUCCUUUGUUUUGCCGUCCGGCGGCUACGCGCACGGUGCGUUUAUACGCAUUGUACAGGGCGGUUCUUUUAUCCUCAAACGUUCGUUAAUUCUCAAAGUGUCGAAACGUUUUGGACAACACGAGAGACGAGUGGAUUUAAAUUGCCGUGUUUUUCGCCGUCCAUAUGGCUUAUUUUCGGCGGACAAACGGCUCGCGGUUCUAAAACGGUAACCUACAUUAAAAGUUCCAUAAAUCGAUCGAGUACUAUUUUCAAUAAAUUUCCUCGUUGAAAUUUUUGAUUUCCGCCUACCCAUUUACGAGAUAUCAAGUUUAGGCAGCGGGAUAGUAGUGGAGUACUGAUCGAACUCCGCGAGCCGUGCCGCCACACAAAAUACGAUACUCCGCUAUUUUAAUUCCAUUCAAACUUAAAAUUGGAAUUUCUCGUGAAUGAGCCGACGGAAAACACCGAAAUUCAUUUAAAUUAACACUCUAUCAAUUUAAUAUUUAACUUACAACGUAGCUUACCGUUCGACACCAAAAGCCGGCAGUCGUUUCACCUCCGAAAAUAACGGCGGCGAAAAAUAAUGAGAAUGUUAUAGCAUUUUAGAAAAGCUCGUUUUUGAAACCUUAUCAAACGGAUUUCUUUUGAAAACAUGCAACACUUUGCCGUAUAAUGAGCGUUCAACGACAAGAGAAUCACACUGUAUACCGCGUGUAAUUCCGCCCCGGUUUCUGGGAGCCCCGAGAGCCCAGCGAUCCGUACGUACCCCCCGGACCGUCUUCCGCGGAAAAUAUCGUUUUUGUUAUAAUAUCGCGCACGUUCGCGGCGAUGUUUCCUGUCAAUCUCCCGGCCAGUAUGUGCUGCGAGUGUGUGCGUGUGCGUGUAUGUGUGUGUGUGUGUGUGUGUGUGUGUGGGAGGGGAUGGGCUAGCGGUGCGCAAGUGGAGACCGAGUAAAGCGAGAGCGGCCGGUGUAAUCGUGUGCGCCUUGUCCGUACGCCGGGUGGCCGGCCGUUUCACACUCACGCUCGAUAAGCCGCGUAACGGCAACGCCCGCAAUUUAUAAUAAUAAUAUUAUUAUGUAAAUAUGUAAAAUAAUAAUAAUAUUAUUAUUAUGUAAAUAUGUAUAAUAAUAUUAUCCCCGUCGCCGUGGCUCGUGGUCGUAGUCGCCGCCAACCGAAAUUAUCACACGACUGUACACCGCGCGUUUAUAAUAAAUUUGCAAUAAUUUCAAUAACGAUAUCCCGCCCGGUACGACGGAAUCGCUGUAGAAAAGAUUUUCGCGAGUUGAUAUUUGUUUUUUUUUUUUUGGUGUUUUUUUUUCGUAAACGUGGUCGACGAAAAAAAUAAUAAAGUUGAACGAAUAACGGUUUAAGCAAUGUAACAUUCGGUUUCGUGGAAAAAGGGCAUAAGUCAAUUUUUAUUAAUUUAUUUAAACGUGUAAACGCCCCGAGCGCAGUGGUAAGAGAACAAUAAUCAGCAUACAGUUAAAAUACAACGAUAAGAAGAGGUACAGACUAGACAUGGUCGAGACGGCGCAACGUCCUGUGCAGAGGUUGAUUGUGGCCAUAAGACGUGAGGUGAGUUGGAACGGAGAAGAGGGAGUGAUUUCGAGUGUAAUGUGAGGGGACGCGGAAAGAGAAAAUUUUUUGUAGUUUUCAAAUCGCAAUCGACUAUUACGGUAAUGCACUACGUACACUGAUUUUGAAAAUACUCACACUUGGGCGAUUAUUUAGACUGAAAAAAUCAUAAAACAUUAAAUUAACAACACAUCUGCUAAACCUCAAAUACUAUGGAAAAAUUAUCGUGACCGCGAUCGUAACAAAUAUCAUAUCCGCCAUAUAAAAAAAAAAAAAAUUUACCGAUUAUAAUUUGAAUUCGAUUUGAAAUACGAAGACAAAAUUAUCGAAUUUUCACCUUCCGGAUGUAACCUACCAGACGAUGUUUUUGCCUUUUCCCAUUGCCGUUAUUUACCCAGGCGCGGGUUUUCAACCAUCGAAGGUUUUAGGUUUGCACUUAAAACGUCAUUUAAUUAUUUAGAAUAGUAUCAGGUUUGGAGUUUGGACGAAAUUUCUAUUUCUUAUCGCUCGGGGAUAAGUGAGUGUAUCUCGGCGAAUACACGUUUAAAAUGUUUCAAAAAUGUAAAAUGUUAUUAUGAUAUUUUCAUUAAUUAUCGUCAGUCAACAAAAGUUGUAUAUUGUAAUAUAAAAUGCAAAUAGUUUUAUUACAACUUUAAAAAGUCGUGUACCUAUACGCAAUAAAAACCAUGACCAUGGUUAUAAGUUAUAACAAUAAUAAUUAAUAAAUAUAUUAUUUGUAUAUAGGUACAGUUAUUGAUUUCAUACAAUUUUUUUUAAACUCUGAUUUUUGGAAUACUUUAAAAAAAAAGAAACAAAAGAAAAAAUAAUAUGGAAAAAGUUUUAAUUAACAUACAAGAAUUAUUAAUUUUUUUUUUCGCUCCCCGUUUAUAACACUAGAAAACUUUUUCAUUUCACAAAUUGAACAUUUGAUUAUAUAGUUCGAAAGUACUUACCUCUUGAUUUUACCGCAAAGUUACUUCGCAAUUAUUGAUAAAAAAAUAAAAAAUAACAAUUAACAAAAAACCGAACAAAUUAAAUAUAAAAAAGCCAUGUAUUACAAACCAUGGGUUUAGGAAAGAUAAAGGACAUAAGAUAACAAAAAAAAAACAAUUCUGAGCGGAAAACUGGUAAAGAUAAAAUAUUAGUCGUGUUUUCCCUUGUCGCCAAGGCGUAACUCAGAAAUCAACAAAAAUAAAACCGAUGUCUCGUCAUUCAUCGUUAGUUUUUUUUUUAAAUUUUUAUUUUAAACUGUAGGGAAUCCAUCGUUUUUAUUUAAAAAAUAAUAACAUAAUACUACUGUACAAAAAUGUAUCAUCUUUUAAGGUACGAUUGUGAUUAAAUACAAAUUAUGUUUUUCGAGAAUCUUAAUCAAAAAUCAAAGAAAAAAAAAAGAUAAGUGGAAGGAGAACUGUUGUACAUUUUAAAAGGUAUUUCUUCAAAAAUGACUACCGAAAUUCUGCAAAUUUUGAAGUUGCUACUGCAUGAAAAAAAUCGGAAGAAUUACACUCAACAAAAAAGUUUUUUCGAGUAGAGUGAGAGUAGGAAUUUCUAAAAAUAAUGUUUAAAUAAAUCAUUAGGCGAAAAUUCCGCAUCUAUAUAUAUUAAUAUGUGUGGCAGUGAAAAAAUCGAAAUAUUCUUACAAAGAUUAAAAAAGUAAGUAAUUAAGGAAAAUGUUUUCCGUGAAAAACAACACGCAUUUGUAAAAAUGAAUAGUUUUAGAUCUAUUUGAUCCUGAAUUUAUGCCACCGUUUUCGACGGUUUUUUCUAGAGCUGUUAAUAUACAAUUUUUUUUAUUAAUCUGCUUUUAAUUAAUAGGGAUACCAUGGACAAAGAGGAAUUUUCAAUUUUUAUUUUAAGGCAUAAUUAUCAAAAAAAAAAAUAUAUAUAUAUAUAUUCAUUGUGUUAUAAAAUAAAAAUGCAAGAAAUUAAAACAGAUAUAACUAAAAACCUAUUGAUUGGUCAUGGUACAUUCGAAUUUUAAUAAAAAAGCAAAUUGAAAAAAACUUGAACAUCAACAGCUCUAGAAAAAUCCAUCGAACACAGUGGAACACUCUGUAUACAGUAGUUUAUUUUAGGAGUACGAAAACACAUUUUCGCUUUACCGUCCCUGUUUUAGAUUGACAGAGACGGCGAACGUUACAAAUUAUCACCACCUACGUACGUAUGAAAAUGUUCAAAUUCCUAUGCAGGGAACGGUUACUGCGAUUUUUAUCAAUAAUGAUAGGGCGUGUAACAUCGAUUUUCAUUCCGACAUAAUGUAACGGCCGAUUAAUACAGUAUAAUUGAGAUUCGAGGGCGACGGGAAAGAGAGGAAUGUUCGAAAAAGUUCGGCAAGGGCCGAUUUAAGUAUUGCGAUAAAAGAAAAUAGAUUUAUCGCGUAAUAAUGGCGCGGCGUUCGGGGACAUCGCGGUAAACUUUAUACGGGAAAAAUGCACGUCGAGCAUUAUACUGCUGCUGUUAUGAUUACGAGCGUAUUUCAUUAAUAGGAGGAGCGCGAGAGCGGAAAAGUUACGGAAAUAUAUUAAUAAAUCGCCUUUAAAACGCGGAGGGGGGGGGGGGGGAACNGGGGUGAACGGGGGGGAGGGGGACGGGGUAUUUGCUCGGCCGCGCACUCUAUAACGCGAUCAUCGUAUUACUGUAUAUACACGCGUAUUAUGAAACAACGGUUAAAUAACGGCGCGGCUUAUUUCCCGAAAAGUUGUCGUCGCGCGCGAGGUGGCGUGUCGUAUAUUUAUAUUUAUUAUAUACAUACGUAUUACGGCUGCGGGCGGGCGGCGGCGGCGGCGGCGGGUGUCUAGAACGGGCGGCGGCGGCGGCGACGGCGGCGGGCGAACGGGCAUACCGAGUACGAGGCGGCGGCGGCGGACGGAGAAACGGGACGUUUAUAGAUGCGGAAUGUAGGUUAACGCGCGGGCCGUCCGCAGCGCCGUCGGUUUGGCGGUGUCGGUGUCGGUGUCGUCGUCGGUCAGACGGCGGUGCGGCGGUGGUGUGCUUUGCGGAGAGCCAAUGGGGUGUGCCGCAAGCCGAUGGAACCAACCCACCGAGGGUGACGUCACCGCCACCGCAGCAGUCUCGGCGACGGCCCCGACCGCCCGCGCGGAAGCUUUCGCCGGUUUUCUUUUGCGCCUCUCUUUCGUCGUGCGCGCCAGCUGGCCCCGCACAGCCGCCGCCGCCGCUGUAUCGUAUUAUAUUAUAGCCCGUCGUCCCGUCGCUCCUCCGCGCGUCACUCUCGCCCGCUCUUCCGUGCGCGCGCGCCCGCGUCCUCGUCGCCGCUGUGCUUUACGCGCUACACUCCGCGGGCCACACGGCCACCGGUCCCGCGCCCGAACGGACGCAUUUCUCGCCGUGCACCGACACCGGUGCAUUGUUCUCCGUCGAACAUCGUCUCGCGCGGCCGUCCCGCGACUGUGCGGACGGCGGCCCGUCGUCCGCGCCGCCGACCGCGGUAACGCGGAAAAAGCGCCGCGACAAUGCGACACGGCGAUAUCCGUCGCGGCGCGAUAACAAUAUAACACUGGCCGUAGCGCGCGUUUUUCGCGUGGGGAAACUACUGCGAACCGCGAUAAUAAUAAUACAGUGCCGCGCGCGAAAAGCGUAAAAUACCGCGCGCGCGGGUUCGGUGACGUGGGGGGGGGGAGGGCGAGUGGUAGAGCGAGUGAACGAGAGCGGGAUUAAACGGCGGCGGCGGAAGCUUGUUAUGGCGUUUUAAAAUUAAAAGCCGUUUGAGUGGAUGUAAUUAGUGCAGCGCGAACGCCGGGGACGCGGGCGAUAAGAACGGCGGCGCGCGGAUGCGGCGGAGGGAUUGCACUCUGUAUAUACAUUUAGCGUGCACGCUGACGGCUUAACACAAAAGGUGCGCGCCGCUGUCAACAUAAUAAAGGGUUUUUGCGACCCUCCGUCCGCUGCGGCGGCGGCGGCGGCCCCGUCGGUUUACGCGCGCGCUUGUGUGCGCGCGUCUGUAUACGGGGUCGCUUUUAUGCGUGUUGACGCUUGUAAAAGUUAAACUGGCACCCGGGUGCCGCCGCCGCCCCCGUAAAUAUCACCUACCUCGUAUAAUAAUAAUACACGCGCGUUUCGCAAAUAGCACCGCCGUCACCUCUUUUACAGGCGCGGAGGUGCGAGCGCGCGAGUAUAUAUAAAUAUAUAUGUAUACGCACCACACUAACUCGUACGUAUAUACGCGCGUCUUAGCACCACCCUCCGACCUUUUUAAUAAUAAGUGCCUGCCAACCCUUUCCGUAACCGAUAACGUCUGACGACGGUGGCGAAAUUAAAUUAACCCUUUGGAAACACCUCAAAGGUCACGCGCGCGCGCGCGCGCCCCGGAGAAACACAUUGCAAAAGGUUUCCCAAUUAGCGCGGCGGCGCGGAUAUUAUAAUUUAUAUUGUUAUUAUAUUAUACGCGGCCGCGAAAAUCAUUAUGUACGCGAGCGUUAUAUUUUAUUACGUAUUGUCGUCAGUGGCGUACACUCAAGAGGGAGGGGGAUUGGUGACGGAUCUCCGAGAGAAGUUUAUAGCCCGGACGUUUUUUUCCCCAUUGUUUUUCGCAACGACUCGUCGCGUGCAAAAUACCAAACGUCGAAACUCGCCGCACUAUCAAAAUGAUAAAGUCCUGCGAUACAGUGUACUAUAUUAGCGAUGACAUAAGUAUUUUUUUUUUUUUUUACCCGAUAUUUUUAACCGAUAUUCAUAAAAUCUCGCCAGUAAAGGUCCACCGAUUGUUUUCGAACGGUACCGACGUAGUACCGCGGUACUAUAUUAUAGUCACGGUGCACACCGUUUGCAUAACCAUUAUUUUCACGCAGGGAUUCCGAAGUACCGUAGAUAUGUUACAUUAUGGUUUGUUUUUUUUUUUUUUGAAAUUAAAAAUAAACUUUCUCGGACACGAAUAUUAUUGUUCCGAAGAAUUAUUUUAAUAUCAUUUUAGAUUUUGAACGAAGCGACUGCCCCGUCUACUCCUAUCACUCCGAUUACUCUCAUUACCCCUUUUGACUUUUAUUUUAAAACAGUGGUACACCAAUCGCCGGGACAAAAGAAUUGUAGUGGUGUGACUAUACGCUACGUGUACCGACGCAUUGAAAAAUACAAAUACAAAUCGUACACGUCGAACGUUCGUUCGCGCAGCAGUAAUUUCGGUUUUCGUUGUUUAUACGUCCGCCUACUUGAAAUUUUAGGUACACAAUUAUUUAAUAGGCUGCGGAUAAACUGACCCACGAGAUUAUACGAGUAUCAUUUCAAAACGUUAUCGAACUGUUUACGAAAUAAUAAUAAUAAUAAUAAUAAUAAUCCCGUUCCGACGAGUAUCCGAACGAUUAUAUUAUUUAUAAUGACGAAAGCGACAAGAAACUAUAAUACUGUAGUCGUACGUGCCUAUAUAUAGGUACUUACUUUCUCAUCGCCUUAGUCAAAAGUCAAACUGUCGGAGACCAUAAUAUUAUUAUAACGAGUUUAAAAAAUAUUACAGAAAAUACGAGUACGGGUAUACGUAAUAUUAUUAUUAUUAUUAUUACACGUGACGAAAUAACGUAGGUGCAUAUAAAUAUGUAUAGGUUUUUAAGCGUUUUAUUCUUUAAACGAGUUUAGAAAAUAUUUCUGUUUUUGGACAGGAAAAUGAGAAAAAUUAGCAUUAUUUUGUACCAUUGAACCGCAUCAACCAUUUUACACAUACGAGUAUAUUCGGUCAUAUUACCUCUAAAUUAAUGCAUAGCGUGACCAGUCGUACUCACAUUAGGGGAGCAUUGUCCAGAUUUAUUGCUCUGCUUUUAUCCCACUUUCACGAAAACGUUUUUUUUUAUAUAUAUAUAUUCUUUUGUGUACGACUUUUAAGUUAUUAUCCAGUAAUUUGUAAUAAUCGUGUUAAUAAUUAAGUCAGUUGGGGCAAUACUUUUAGUAUUUAUUGUUGCGAAAUACAUAUUAUAACUACUUAGAAAUACCUAAUAAUAAGUUUACUAUUUACUUAUAUAAAUGUUAAAAUGUGAUACUUUUAAAUGAAUGCGUUUUACCGUAAAUUAUAGUAUUAUUGUAACUUUUUAUUUUACAUCAGAAAAAAAUAUCAUAUUUUAUAAGUAGGUAUAACAUUUUAAACGAUUAAAAUAAUCUGUCCACAAGUGUCCACCUUUUAAACAGAACAAUUAUCAUGUGGUCACGUUCUUAAUGGAGAUUAUAUAGUAUAAUUAUGUAAUUAUAGUUUGUUCGUUUUCAUGUUGCACUUAUGGCACAUUGGUAUUUCGAACAAGAUUGCUCUGAAUUAAAUAUGUUUUGUUAGUAUGCUUUUGGAAAAAUUGAAAGUACGUACAUGUAGGAACUAACAAGUUCUCCGUUACUAAUUAAACACUCACUUCAAAUUAAACUGUUCAAACUUGGAGACUAUAGACAUAUCCUGAAACAGGAAAUAAACUUAUUAUUUUUGUAUGCCAAAUACGACUGUUCAUUCGGAAUGUAAAGAUCAAGAGCAGCUCAUGAGUUCUUUCGUAUAAUUCCCGAAUAAUGAUACGCGAACAAUAUCCUCCUAGUGACGCCGACAUUUUCAUCCCCGUGGAGCAUUAGUUGUACUGCGUAUGUUCUGUUUUUAUAGACGAAUUUUAAACAUCGAUACGAUUUUUGAUUUGUUCUGUUCAAUAGGACUCGCCCAUUCGUGGAGCACGUCGUUUUCCAGAGCUCUACCUCCGACCGCGUACCCGCCGUACUUGGCCAACAAUUGCGGUCCACCGACGUUCCAACACUCGAACUUCGCUAAUAUUUUCCCGUACAACAGUACAGCGGCCACAGAAGCGAUUCAACAGACGAUUAAUACGAGCACCGCAGGUAUUUACAAUUCUAAUAAUUACAAUAGAAAUAUUAAAUAUUAUAGACAAUUGAUAUAUACGAAUAAUAUCAUGGUAAAAUCCUCCGGCGGCGGUUUAAAUUUCAGUAUAUACACAUAUUAUAUACAUUAAUAUAUGUAUUGUGUAUGUUGUACAGAGGAUUAUCGAAAACAAUGCGUUUUCGAUUAUCGAAUCGAGUGCAGUACUCGGCCAUCAAAAUACAAAUCCGAACGCGAAUACAAUAGAGGGUGACCACGAACCGGAGAUUUUCUCUAAUGAUUACGUUAUGAAACUAUUUUUAAUCUUUUAGCCCUAUUUGUACCCUAAAAAAGUAUACACGUUUGAUUUUCUACUAGAAACCCUCUCCCCUACUAUUUCGGUCUACACUUGUAUAGUUCGUUAAUGGUAAAUCUGAUAUUAUUGUUGUGCAUAUCAAAAUAUUCUCUAUUUAAAUCAGUAUUUAAGAUUAACAUUUUUAAAUCCAAAGUAUAUAUUCAUUUCAGAUAUGAAGGGUGAGGGUAAAAAAAUUGGAAAUAGUAUUAAAUAAAAGUUUAAAUCAUAAUUGCUGAAAAAAUGAACAGAGAUCAAAUUCACUUUAAAUCCUCUCAGAAAAUCGCAGACUAGAAGCUGUUCAGCUUUAUGUCUAUCGCAUUCGACUUUUACAUUGCUUUAAAUCAAUUUAUAAUUUAAAAUGUAAAUUAAUGGAUAAUGUUUAUGUUUAGAGGGGGGAGGGGUUCUUGAACCCAAAACACUCUCCCUUACAUUCGCUAUAGUUUCGUUAGGCACUCUCAGCAAAAUGAUUGAUUUAUGGACCACCUAGACGCUUAAAUGACAAUUUUAUCAUACCUACCGUGCCUUUAUGUAGCUCUAUAGCGAAAUUCAAUAUGUAUCCAAUUUCUCUAUGAGAAAAAAAAUCGAGGUUUUUUUUACGUCCGAUUCGUGUCAAACACGUAACGUAAUCAGACGUACAUUUCUUUCUUUUUUCUUUCUUACGGACGGAAGCGCCACGCUAGCAAAUCGUUUUAAAACGGAUCCGGAAAUCAAACCGGAAGCGUAUAUUAACGUAAUUGGAACAGACCGAUAAAAAAAGUUCCCCGAACGAAUCUUUAGCUUAACCGAACUGUGAAACAAGCAGUGUCUUGUUGUCCGUUUUUUUUUUUUUUUUUUUAGUGUGUUUCAGGGGGAAGAGGUGUGUGUUCGAUAAAAAUAAAAAUAAUAAAAAGGGUUAAAACCGCUGUGAUAUAGACAUCGAUUUCGGCUAUCACUAAAAUAUAUGAAUAGAAAAAGCUAUUACCCAUUUACCCAUUGAUAUACAUUAUUAUAGUAACGGUGAUAUAAUUCCCCUUAUAACUUAAAAUUGUUGAUCAAUUGUUAAGAAUCAAUAUUUGAUAAAAGAUUAACAUUUUUAAAAUGGAUAUAAUAUAAUAAUCUCUACCAGCAGUUAUCAAACCUUGAAAAAUGCAUAUAAAAUAUGCGAAUUCGUUCACGAAUCUAAUAUUAUAGUAUUCAUAAGAUAUAAAAUUGAAUGAAUCUAAUGUUUUCUAACUUACUCAGUUCAAGUUUAAUCGUAAACAACCUUAAACGUUAAUUUUAUUACUGAUUUUUAUCGACUUCACUAACUUCACGAAUGCCCACGUCGUGAAGACAAACACACGAAUUCAAGCGAAUGUCAACACGUAAUUAAUCACGUGUCACGUGUACUACGUGAAUAUUCGACAUAAACAUCAGUGUAACCGUGACACGGAUAUUACGGGUACAAUAAACCAUCGUUCAAUUGACACCUCUAAUUUAUAAUACCAUUUCAGAUUACGCCGGUAUAAUUGCAAAUAUUUUUUUUUUUUUUUUAUCAUUUUUCAGACGGCAACAACAACGGCGGUGCGAAUGGUACCACCAGGACGUGCACGACGGAACCGCUGGGCCCGAUAAGCGUGAACGUAAACGCGGAGGGCACGUCAACCAGGGGUCACAGACCUGGAAUCAGAGGCCACAGGGGUCUGUUGACCACGGUGGCCGCCGGGAGCGGACACAAGCGCCAUCGUGAUCACCACGGCCACCACCACCACCACCACCACCACAAGCGACACCACCGGGAAAGCAGGCAUCACGCGGAAAAGAGUCUCGCCGUGGCCGUCGACGGUUCAUCACCUUCGGUGAAUGCGGCAGUGCCGAUCACGAACAACAACGACAACAACAACAACGACGGUGGCGGCUUGACGGAAGACAAGAAGCGCGGGCCGCCGCCGGACGAUCGAGACGGACGCAAACGAGUGGUGACCGAGGCGAUGCUGCGGCCAUCGUCGCCACCCGCGAAGCCACUGGCACAGUUGCCGCCUGCACUGCGCACGGCGUCACCGCGGUCGCAACACGCGAUAGCCGGUGGGCCGCCGGUCACGCAACCCAUCCCGCUGGUGGCACCGUCGCUGAUCAACUUGUUUCUGAACGCGCCCCUGUUGCCACCUCACACGCAAUGGCUGUACUCUCAGCUGUACCCGAGCACGUAUCUCAGUCACAUACGCAACACGAUGAUAUUCGACAACGAGUCGACUGCUGCCGCGGUAGCCGCUGCGGCGGCUCAAAAGAACACAGAACUGUGCGCGAGCGGCGGCGGCGGCGGCGGCGGCAGUGACGAAAACGAGGAAACGUCGGCCGCCGAGAACGGGUCGGCGAAAAAAUCACCGACCCCGGCCGACAACGAUGCCGAGACGACGUCGCCCGCCGUGUCGCCUAAGACCAAUGCCAAACAGACGGACGUCUGGAGGCCCUAUUAAGACGUUCGGCCCUGUGACGACUACCGUAUUACGAUUACAAUUUUAUAACGUCAUACUAAUAAAUUAUGUGUGUGUGUGUGUGUGUGUGUGUGUGUGGAUUUUAUUUUUCGUUAGCUCUAUUGUGAUAUUGGACAAGCGAAAUUGUAACCAUGACGCGUUGGUUGUUGGUAACAGCAAUAUCGAUAUUAUAACCAUAAUAUUAUUACGCGUGUAAAUAAAAUUAGGGGCGUUGAAAAAAAAAAAAAAAUUGAUUUACAUAUAUAUGCAUAUUAUUAUAUACAUUGGAUGGAUAGGACGGAUUCCCGCCGAGAGCCGAGCCCCCGUGCCCUAUUUGUGUCCGCGCGUGAGUCUCGCAAAGACCCGCAAUAAUAUCCCGCGGAUCGUCGAGAAUAUUGUUUAUUUUUAUUGUAAAAAAAAAAAAAAAAAACGCGAAUAAGACGAUAAUGAAUUAUACGAUGAUACGUAAAUGUCCGUCACCCCGAACCCGCCUAUCGUCGGUGUAUAAAAAGUAUCGGUCUCACUAUACCCACCCCCUCCGCCUCCUACACCACUACAUCGCCCGAAUGCGGUUUUCGCGACCGCGUCAUAAAUUGUACCUACGUUUUGAUUUUAAAAAUAGUUAAUACAUUAUUAUGAAUAUUACAAUAAUUAUUACGAUACAUUAUUAUUAUUAUUAUUAUUAUGUGAAUAAAGUAAACAAUUAUUUGGUU